CUUUACGAAUCUAUUUUAGAAAACGAAGAACCAUGGAGACAAGCCCAAGGGGGAAAUGAAAACCCAGCAACAAGUCAAGGCGCCUGUGGGACUUCUGCAAAUGCAAACCGAGGUAACUAAUGUAAUGUAGCUGUCACAAAAAUGUUAUAUAAAAGGACGAGUCUGGCACCAAGCAGUGUGGAUUGUUGUUAUCGUUCACGAAACUGGAUUAUAAACACGUUGAAAGGGUGUAACUAGAAUUUGUUAUUUGCUUAGGAAUCUUCUUUAUUAGAGGUUAUCGCAUCUCAGAGCUGCACCCGCAAGACUUAUAAAAACGUAAAGCUUUAACCUUGGAGCGAAUGACAUGCCGAGAAAACCGAAGCCACCCAUUAAAAUGACAAACACAGUGAAUAGUGUUGCUGUAAUUUUUUAAUAUAAACAACAAGUUUGAUGACGUAUGCCAACCAUUUGUCAUCACAUACCAACGAACGACGUUACGGUUCGACAAGAAUUUCAUACAAAUACCAAUGCAGAACUCGUGUUUCUAUUGCUGGGUUAGUGAUAUGCAAAGUACACUCAAAAGGAGCAGAACAUAAUGGGUAUCUCCAACUCAGGCACUUAAGUGAGUUCCAAAUCCCGUCUUAUGAUUCUUCCCGUUUUCUUUAGUGUUUAGUUUUAAUGUGUAUUGAGUCUCUUCUCCAUUUUUUUAAACAAGGUAACAAAGGACGCGGGCGAGGAGCACCGUUGGGCCGUGGAAAAGAACAGGUGACGUCAUCAAAAGGAAGAGGAAAUUCAGGUGCGAGAGAAUGUAAACUACCCGUUUUUUCCUAAAGGUUGAUGACGUAUGCCAACCAUUUGUCAUCAUAUACCAACGAACGACGUUACGGUUCGACAAGAAUUUCAUACAAAUACCAAUGCAGAACUCGUGUUUCCAUUGCUGGGUUAGUGAUAUGCAAAGUACACUCAAAAGGAGCAGAACAUAACGGGUAUCUCCAACUCAGGCACUUAAAUGAGUUCCAAAUCCCGUCUUAUGAUUCUUCCCAUUUUCUUUAGUGUUUAGUUUUAAUGUGCAUUGAGUCUCUUCUCCAUUUUUCUAAACAAGGUAACAAAGGACGCGGGCGAGGAGCACCGUUGGGCCGUGGAAAAGAACAGGUGACGUCAUCAAAAGGAAGAGGAAAUUAUUCAGGUGCGAGAGAAUGUAAACUACCCGUUUUUUCCUAAAGCAACCUCCUCAUACGACUUUUUGUUUCUUUUACUAAUUUUACACACCGGAAUUAUCGAAGAACGAAGUAUGCCACCUUAAAAACAGUGAAGCCAAAGGAUUAAUUUCCAAUGUCCAAGAAGUCCAUUAAAUCUCCAAAAGUCAGUUUUUAGAGGCAAGAGUCUCUGGACUUAACUCUGAAUAGAGCGUUUAACGUCAAACGUAAACAGCAGUAACCUUCAACAGGAAAACACUUGCAUUUGUUAACUUGACUGCGCAUUCCUUUAAUGCACUUAGUUAAUACCUCCGUCCAGUCUGACAGGCCAGGACCUAGCAAACGGGUUUGUGCACGCCUCUUCGAUUCCUGGCAGAAGGUUGAGUACACUUUGCUGGUGAGUCACUUAAGAAAUAAAUGCUUUCUUCAUUCAAACGCAGAUAAAACAAACCAAGCCCAAAGACCUGGAAAGUCAGGCCCAGGGAACAAAAAUCCUGGCUCAUCGGCACAACAGAAUAGACGGCCCUCUGCAAGUGGAGUGUUCCCAGGGAAAAACGUCUUCUUCGACCCCAAAGCUUUAAAAUCGAAGGAUAGUAAAGAGAUAGUCCACACACUUAACGAGGGACUACCUCGUUUAAAGUUCCUUCUUCGAUCACAGGACCAGCAGCACAACAACGACGCAUUCAUCUGUGAUCUUACUUCUACUUUAGGAAAGGCCUGCAAUGUUCCACCAGGUGAAACUAUUAACAAGAUUCUAGCCACACUUAAAGGCUCGGCUUUCUUCAAUUUAAAAAUUCCCAGUUUACUUGAUCGCCUUCAAGAGUCAAAGGCCUUAAAUGACCAAUUAUCUCAACAAAGGUUCAUUGAGCAUCUCAUUGAAAUCUUCAUGAAGUACCUGACACAUUUGCCUAGUUCAUAUGCCGACCUACCUUACACUCAGUUGAAAGCAGCCUUAGAUCAGUCAAGUGUUCAAAACAAAGAAGAGCUGCAGACAAGGUUAGAUGAAUUUAAGCAGGUCAGAAAUGACGUCAUCAGAGGAGAAAGACAGAGGCAUGGGAAACGCUUUGUUAACAGGGCAGGGGAAAAGCCACCAAACGAUUUUAGAGACAUGCCAAUUUGUCCCGAGACCAAAGAAAUCACAACUCAAGAACGACCAUUCUUACGUAAAAACAUUUCAAAGGGUAGGUACGACAACGCCGAACACUACCUUGACGUUCAGUUUCGGCUGCUUCGAGAAGACUUUCUUGAGCCGCUAAGGGAAGGUAUUCGUGAAAUUGUCCUCAAUAUACCAAGACAUCAACGCAAACAAUUGAUGAAAAACUACCGUAGCGUAAAAAUUGUAGGCAAGGAGUUCACGUGGUCUGGGAUAACUCAUCAAGUCCAAAUCGAUGUUUCUGGCUUAGAUACCAGCAGAUGGGCACAUUCCAAAAGACUCUUAUAUGGUUCAUUUCUCUGUCUCUCAAAAGACAACUUUAAAACAAUGCUUUUCGCGACAGUUUGUGAUCGCGAUCCAAUGAAAGUAAAGAAAGGGCGAAUUGACGUCCGAUUUAUCGAAAAUCAAGACGUUUUUGGGAUCGAGAGACGCCAUUGCGUUUACCAAAUGGUGGAGUCCCCCGCCUAUUUCGAAGCCUACCGGUACGUUCUUAAAGGGUUACAGGAAUUAGACGAAACAACCUUGCCAUUUAAAAAGUAUCUGGUCGAGUGCAGUGGAGAAGUUGACCCACCAGAAUAUCUAAGGCGCGAUGAGAGUGAAGAGCCAGUUUAUUAUGACCUUGGCGAGGCUCUUCAUAUGCUGCAUUUAUCGAACACCACAUCAACUGUACCUGUUCUGAAGCCUGAAGCUUGGCCCUCCGUUGAAGGGCUUCCUCUCAACAAAUCGCAACUCGAAGCGUUAAAGACAGCAAUUACAACCGAAUUUUCUGUUAUCCAGGGUCCACCAGGGACAGGAAAAACUUACGUUGGUGCCAAAAUUGUGCGUUGCUUGCUCGAUAACCGACGUGCUUGGGAUCCUGGUCUGGCCUCUCCGAUGCUGAUGGUUUGUUACACAAACCAUGCGCUUGAUCAGUUCUUGGAAAAGGUGUUAGAAUUUUUACCUAGCCGAAAAAUAAUUCGUGUCGGAGGAAGAUGCAAGAGCGAUAAACUUGAGAACUGCAACCUGAAAAAGUUUACUUACAGGUACAAGCUGCGCGGAAAACGUGAUGAAGUGGACGAGAAGUUGCUGCAAAAUGACAAAGAAAUGAAAAUGUCCAAGCAACAGCUUGCAAAGGCAGACCACCAACUUUUAGAGUUCGAGGACGUGGAACAACUAAUCAGUCCAGCACAUUUACAGCAGCUGUGUAAUGCUAAAUUUCCAUUCAAGGUGGCUAACGAGAGUCGCACUCCGAGCAACACUUUUAAAUUGUGGUUAUGCAACAACAAAGAGAUGGCUUGCAAUCAAACGACAAAGGCACCAACCCUUGAAAAACGUGUUGAAAAUGAAGAAAACGAAUUGUCUUAUGACGCAACGAUGUUCACAGAAGCACAAGAUGAAAGUGAAAGAUUCCUUGGAGAACCUUUAGCAGCGGCUAAUGUAUCAAAUGACGCAGCUAAACCCGAUCUUCAGCAGAAGACGACCAAACCAGAACCUUUAGAACCUUUAGCAGCAGGUAAUCUCAAAAAUGACGUAGCUAAACCCGACCUUCAGCAGAUGAACACCGCAGAUCAAAGAAAGUUAACUAGAAACUUGAAUGGGAGUGGCUUACCAAGUGAUUUGUCAGACGAACAAAAAAGUACCUUCCUGAGGGAACAGAUGGAAUUCAGCGCCUUGAAAGACGUUUCUCAGUUAAACCACCGUAGUUUGGAACAUACGGCGUCAAUAGAAGGUGCUGAUUUCAGUCAAGGGACUGAAAACACAGAAGAAGAAGGCAAACCUAGUGAUGCAAAUGUUGAUGAAAAGCGAGAGGCGGAUGAAGAGACUAUUACAAUAGAGAGGGAAGCGGAUUUGAUACAGCAACAAAGAUGGAUACAAGGGGAUGAAGACCUUCUACUACCUAUAUCAAAGGAAACAGGUGACUUAAAAAGUGAAGAAAAAAAUAAAGGUGGGACAAAUGAAGAAAAUGACAAUGACGAAUGGAUACUUGUCACGCAUAAGAAAAAAGGCCAGUCACAUUUCUGGAUGGCAUACGACGAGGAAAAUUCUAAAGAGGACGGCAGAUUAAAUGAUGAGGAGACGGGAGGAACAAUGUCUUCAAAGAAAAAGAAGAAAAAAAAGAAGAAAAACAAGAAAAAAGUCCAAAUCACUGAGGACAUUCACUCUAUACAAGGAGACCUAAACAAAACAGAAAUGAUGUCUACCGAGGAAGUGAUGGGCGUUCAAAACAUCUGGAAUAUGUCACAAUCAGAUCGUCUUCGACUGUACCUCUUCUGGAUUGAAAACUACCGUGAACACUAUAGGGUAGAAAUUCACCAUGCUGAACGGGCAUAUGAACAGCUUUGCGAAGAACUAAAGGAAGUCCAAUUUGAGGAAGAAGAACAAGUCAUCCGUCAGGCGACCGUUGUUGGAAUGACAACCAGUGGGGCGGCGAGAUAUCACUCAGUUCUUCAAAGGAUAGCUCCUAAAAUCGUCGUUAUCGAAGAAGCUGCCGAGGUGAUGGAAGCCCACAUCAUCACUUCUCUUUCGCACAACACCAAACACACAAUUCUUAUCGGAGAUCACAAACAACUCCGCCCCAAAGCGACUGUUUACGAAUUAGCCCAGAAGUACAACCUGGAGGUCUCACUCUUUGAGCGAAUGGUAUUGAACAGCAUGGAUUGUAAACGCUUAUCUAUACAACAUCGCAUGCGUCCUGAGAUUGCGACACUUACAAAAAGAAUCUAUGAUCAUGAAAUUGUAGAUCACGAUUCCGUUUGCAAUUUCCCGCCAAUAUCUGGCCUUUGCCACAAUCUCUUCUUCAUUGAUCACUGCCAACCCGAAAAACUAAUAGGAGGCUUACAAAGUUACUCUAACCAUCACGAGGCUGAAUUCUUAGUGGCCCUUUGCGAAUAUCUUCUACUCCAAGGAUACGAACGAAAGCAGAUCACAAUUCUAACCAUGUAUACAGGUCAGUUGCUGCUUCUUCAAGAGAAAAUGCCUCGACGAGCUUUCGAAGGAGUUAAAGUGUGUGCAGUUGACAACUUUCAAGGUGAGGAAAACGACAUCAUUCUUUUGUCGUUAGUAAGAAGCAACUCAGAGGGUCGCAUCGGCUUUUUAGGUGAAUCCAACAGAAUCUGUGUCGCGUUGUCGCGUGCCCGCCAAGGCUUUUACUGCAUUGGAAACUUCAAUCUACUGAAAAGUCAUUGCAAGCUGUGGAAAGAGAUCUGUGCUGACUUAAACACAAAAGAAGCCAUUGGUGACAAUCUACAGCUGAUUUGCAAGAGACACAAAAAUGUAACGAAUGUAAGGUGUGCACGAGAGUUAAAACAGUGCGAACUUGGAGGAUGUACAAUGCCAUGUGCAGAUCGCUUAGAAUGUGGCCAUGCGUGCGACAAGCUAUGUCACGUCUCGGACGUUUACCACGCAUUGGGCCGUUGCAUAAAAAUGUGCUUCAAUUCGUGUUCCAGUGGUCACAAAUGUCAUAACAAGUGUCAUUAUCCAAGAGAGUGUCCCAAGUGCUCCGUUCUUGUGCGAAAGACACCUGCCUGUGGUCACGAACAAUCCUUAAGGUGCAGCAUUGACCCAGAUGACGUCUCGUCCGGAUUCCAAUGCGAGAGGAAGGUCAUAAAAAUUCUCCCGUGCGGACACAACAAUCUUAUGAAAUGUUUCAAAGACCCCAUCAUUUACAGCGACUGCACCAGCAGCUGCACGAAAGUUUUGGACUGCGGCCACACUUGCUCUGAAAGAUGUACGCAGAAAUGCCAGUGUGGCACCAAGAUAGAAAUUCAAUUGCCAUGUAACCACAGGAAACAAGUGUUGUGCCGAGAAAAAAACAAUUCAAUCGAUUGUAACGAAAAGUGCGAACGAACUUUGAAUUGUGGGCAUGCAUGCCCUGGAAUCUGCCAUGAAGAAUGUGCAACGAAGCUAUGCAAGAUCUUAGUUUUGAAAGACCUUCCAUGUGGACACCGACAAAUUGUUCGUUGCUCCCGAGAUCCCCAAACCGUAUUUUGUUCUUCUGCAUGUCAACGACUUCUGAAUUGUGGUCACAAGUGCCCUUCGCUCUGUGGCAGUUUGUGUCAGGAAAUUCGGUGUAAAGAGUUGUGUCAAAAGAGGUGCCAAAGAGACCACCCCUGUCAAAAGCAAUGCCACUACGGUUCACCGUGCGGUGAGUGCACGGUGCCAGUAAAUGCAAUAAUUGCCACAUGUGGUCACAUGGUUAAAGUGUCCUGUUUCAUUAACCAAGCUACACUGAUAUGCAAACAGCCAUGUGAAAGAUUGAGAAGCUGUGGCCAUUCCUGCAACGAAAUAUGCGGAAAAGACUGUGAAACUCGACCAUGUCAGAUACCUGUAAUCAGAACGUUAUCAUGUAGGCAUGUUGUGGCUCUUGCUUGUCACAAAAGUACUGAAACGUUCAUUUGCAAAGCUGAAGUUGAUGUCCUUUUGCCAUGUGGACAUAAAACCUCGUUAGAAUGUCAUGUCGCAAAAGCAGGGUUAAAUGAUGUCUUAUGUAUGGAAAAAGUAGAAAAAGAAUUGCGUUGCGGCCAUAAAGCCACCCUUCCAUGCUACACAAGCGCCGCCGAGUACCGCUGCCAAAAAAAGGUGGAAAUCACACUCUCUUGCGGACAUAAGAAGCUUACAACAUGCUCUGGAAUGGAAGAACAAUUUCAGAGUGGAAGAUGUAACACAAAGGUGAAGAGACGACUACCUUGUGGUCAUGAAAAGGAGAUGCACUGUUCCGAUAAAGCAGAAAAAAUAUUUUGCAGUGCACCGUGUGAACGCAUUCUUCCAUGCAAACACCCUUGCGGAAACAGAUGUGGUGAUGACUGUGCAAGCUUCAGAUGUGCUGUCGGGGUUAAAAAGGCUUUGCCUUGUGGACACCAUGAUGUCGAUUGCCUUUGUUCAGAAGACGUUUCCCAACGUGUUUGUUUUAAUCCGUGCACUCGGAGUUUGUCUUGUGGCCACCAGUGUCCUGGAAAAUGCUAUGAGAGAUGCAGUCAAUACAAGUGCCAAACGUUGGUUGUAAAGAAAUUACCUUGUGCAGGAAACCACUCUUUGAAAAUGUUUUGUAAAGACGACCCAAAUAUCGUGGCAUGUCAAGCGCGUUGUGAUCGCACACUAGACUGUGGUCAUCCAUGCCCUGGAGUUUGUAGUCAAGCCUGUGGAGCAAUCAUGUGUAGACGUAAGGUGGUGAAGGAGUAUGGUUGUGGGCAUAAACAACAAGUACCUUGCUUUGAAAGCAAAACUGCUAUCUGCAAAGCACCUUGUCCACGUCGAGAAGGAUGCAUUCACAAGUGUAAGGGGCUCUGCGGGGUGCCCUGUUCCAAAUAUCCGUGCCAAGUUCCUUUGGUUAAGACUUUGCGGUGUGGUCACAAGGUUAAGAUGCCUUGUAGCUUCUCUGUUGAUGAUAUACAAUGUCCUGCUUCUUGUCAAGCUCAGCUGCCGUGCGGUCACGAAUGUUCCGGAACUUGUGGCGAGUGCAAGCAAAGAGGAUCACAUGAAAUAUGCCAAAAUCCGUGUAACAGAGUUCUCGUGUGUUCACACCGUUGUCAAGCAACUUGCGGCAGGCCAUGUCCACCUUGUGUUAGAAAAUGCAGUCGACGUUGCCCUCACGGUAAAUGCCCCAAACAGUGUUUACAACCAUGCAGACAAUGCAUAAAACCGUGUACUUGGAUUUGCCCCCAUUACCAGUGCAAUAAUCCAUGCGGAGAGGAAUGCGAUCGCCCUCGAUGUGAUGCACCUUGCCCCAAGAAGCUUCCUUGUCGCCACCCUUGCAUUGGUCUGUGUGGAGAAAACUGUCCCACUCUGUGCGCUAUUUGCCACUCUAAAAAGCUCUCGUCCAUGAUUGGUCAAGGAAAUUUUAAAGCAACAGAAGCUACAAGAUAUCUGCAGCUUUUAGAUUGUGGCCAUAUUGUAAAUGUUCAAGAGAUGGACGAAUGGAUGCUGCAAGAUAUGGCAGGUGAUGUCAAUCAAAUUCAGUGUCCUAGAUGCUCUAUUCCGAUUACCUUCAGUUAUCGGUAUGGAAAUAUCGUGAAGAGGACCCUGAGAAACGUGGAAAAUGUUAAGAAUCAAAUACGUGAAAUUGGAAAUGAAACCACCAGGUUUACCAGAGAGCUUCUUAAAAAAUUGCGUCAUCCCCCAAAAGGAAUUCUGACUGUAGCUGGCAAACUGUCAGGACGUCUAGGCUCAACGGGGUUGUAUAACGUACAAAUGCACCACAUUCCCUUUGUUUUUACUCUGAGAAACAGCCUUCUUAUCAUCCAUCAAAUUGAGAGGGCGUAUCUCAUUUUACAAGCAGUUGAAAAAUGUCAAGAUCAGCUGCAGGUAACAGAUCACUCAAGAACCAUCAAAGAUGCUUUAGAAAAGAUCUCAGAUUACCUAACGACCCCUCAGUUUGAUUUGGCAACGUUGAGCCAAUUGUAUGAACAUACAAGAACGUUUACCCUUUUUUCGUCGAUUUUAGAAGCUCAAUGCCAAGUAAUCACUUACCGCGGAUCUUUUUCCAGCAUUGGGGUAUCACGUUUAAAAAGUGCUCAAGAAAGGUUCGAAUUAUUUAUGCAAGGGAACAGUGAAGUCCUACAAAACGAAUGGCUGGAAAAAAUUGCAGCGUCUUUGAGGAACGAAGUCCACCUUCCACCCCCUCCAACCGAUGAACCCAAAGAAUUUAAGAACUUCCCAGGCUAUAACACCAGGGUGUGGAAAUUGUGCAAACAACACGGUCAAGUGUAUCUCACCACAUCAUUCAUGCGCGAAGGAGAGGAUGUGAUGGAGAUAAGUGGUUGCAGACAAUGCGAUGGAAUGGAUGACAGUGGAGGAAACACUGGAUAG